UAUUUAUAAAUACAGAGAAAUGAACUUGAAAACUUCACAAAAUUUCAAAAAAGGUAUAUGAAAAAGGCCGCUUUCACAUUUUAGUCAUACGUAGCAAUUUAAAAAUGAUUAAGAUUAGGGCUUUAAAUCGUGACUCAUUAUCCGACGAAGAUGCCCCAACCAUACGCAGAGAAGCCCAAGAGGAAAUUGCCCUCGACAUGUACAAUAAAGCUUUACGACAUCAAUGCAAUGGGAAUUAUGAAGAGGCUGUUUCAAUUCUUGAAAAACUCUUAACAGAGAAUAUUCCCCAGCUAGAAUCACAAGGCGGACUCCCCAAGACUAUGUCAACCCUUAAAUAUUCAUGUUAUUUCAAUGUAGGGAAUAUUUAUGUCCAGAAAAAGAAUGAUUCUGAUGCCUUAGAUAAUUUUCUAAAGGCUGCAGAUUUGGACUCUUCUGAUGUUACAUUGUGGCAUAAAAUAGGCACAAUAGCUUUAAAAUUAGACAGGUUUCGCCAAGCUGCUUAUGCUUUCCUAAAGGGCCUGGAAUGCAAUGAGUCUCACUGGCCUUGUUUGGAUAAACUAAUUUCAGUUUUAUAUGCUAUUCAAGAUACAGUGACAUGCCUCUUAUAUAUAGGAAAAGCACUCGUUUUAGAUAAAGAUUACAUUAAAGGUCAUGUGGUUAGAAAACUCAUUUUUGAAUCUAACCCAGCUGCUAAAGAAUACUAUCAAGCAUACAAUCCGGAUUAUAUUUUAGAGCCUGAUUUUGAUGGUGUGGUUACAGAAGAAGAUGAAAAAAUGAUAAUAAAAAAUUUGGAGCCUUUAUGUAAAAGAUUAAACGAAGUGGAAAAAAGUUUUGGCCCCAAACCACUCCCAUGUAUAGCACUGCCAACUGCUUUGCAAGAUUUUACUUGGGUUUCACUAGGAAAAACCAUAUUAAAUCUCCACAAUUAUAUAACUGAAAAUAAGCUGAGUUACUUUUCAAAAGUGGACAUAACAAAAUGUAUGAGCAGGGAAUACACUGAUGUUGAAGCAGUUCCCAUUGAAAACACGGCGGAAAACUCCAACGAAAAUGUAAUAGAUGCAAAACCCAUUGUUUUACCAAGCACUGAACCACAAACUAUGGAAGUAGAAAAUGAAGUAAAACCUGAAGACAAUUUUGAACAACGUCGUCCCUCUUUAAGUAGUGAAAAUAAUAAUUUAAGUGAACCUAAUUGCAGUCAAGGAGAAGAUAACGAUGAAAUGGAUCAGGAUACUGAAGACCAAGAGGAUAAUUCCGAACAGAAAGAGGAGAAAAAACGAACUGCAAAACGCAAACGUGACUUACUUUCAGAUCUGCAGAUCUGGGGGUGGCAUAGCAAAAGGAAAUCAGCAAAGAAAGGAAAAAGUGAAAAGGAUUUUACCAUUCAAGGUGCCCUCACAAGGAUAAUACCGUCGUAUUUGCUUCCAAAUGGUAUAAACAUAGAAAGAAAUAAAAAUUUUGAUAAAAACAAAGGCAUUGAUAAUAUAUUCACUAAUUUCAAAAGCCAAUUAUCUUCGACUUCUGUAAACUUUGAAAAAUACUUUGGAACUGAAAAUGAAAAAAACGACGUUACUAACUUUUGGACUAAAGAGCGCGAACAUUUGGAUGUUGUUGAUUUAAUUGAAGAGUAUACUGUAUCUUUAGCCAAAAUGUGGAACAAAAAAUGGCCAAAAGAAUUAAUUUCGUUGUAUUUAAAAGCCUAUGAUAAAUACAGGGAACAUUUUGAACACCCUGAGCUGUUUAAUGGUUUGUCUUCAUUUGAAGAGAUAAAAAAUGACGCUUUAGUGACUUUGAUGUAUGGAGAAAUUGUAUAUUUUUAUUUAAAAACAGAAGACAAAGACAAACGAAAGGUGCAUCCAACUUCUUUGAUUCAAUUACAGUUGUUAAGUACUUGGAAAGAACAGUGGCAGGAAGAUUAUUUUAUAAUGUUUGUAAGAAUACACUGGCUAAGAGCUUACGUCCUUAAAGGACUUUCUAAUCAUACUCUUGCAAUUUGUGCAUAUCAACUGGUAAUUUAA